ACGCAGCUAAGACAGAGAAAUCUCCUCCGUCGUUAUAUUCUCCCCCAAUCGCAACAAGGUACAUUCUCUUUCUCCACGCGAUUCUAUUGAACUAUUCAGUUCAAUUUGCUCAUCUGAUCUCUGAUAUCUGUUAUAAUCUUCCGUGUCUCUAUUGACUUCUCUCCAAUUGAUUGAAAAUUUACGAAGGCAACUUUUAGGUUUUUAAUCGUUGAGCAGUUUCGUUUCAUCGCCGAUUUAAGGAAAAGAAUAGGAGAGGUGUCUGAAUAUGUGGGCAGCGUCAUGCCUUGCGUCAUGCUGCGCCGCGUGCGCUUGUGAUGCUUGCCGAACGGUAGUGUCAGGGAUCAGUCGCCGGUCCGCUCGUAUAGCUUAUUGCGGUCUCUUUGGGCUUUCUCUGAUUGUUUCAUGGAUUCUUCGACAAGUUGCUGCUCCUCUUAUGGAGAAAAUACCGUGGAUUAAUCAUUUCCACAAAACACCAGAUAGAGAAUGGUUUGAAACAGAUGCUGUACUUCGAGUUAGCUUGGGAAACUUCAUGUUCUUUACUAUUCUAUCUAUCAUGAUGGUUGGUGUAAAGAAUCAGAAGGACCCUCGUGAUAAUUUGCACCAUGGCGGGUGGAUGGUGAAAGUAAUCUGCUGGUUUCUUUUAGUCAUUUUUAUGUUUUUUGUACCAAAUGAGCUGAUCAGCUUUUAUGAGGCAACAUCAAAGUUUGGUUCAGGAUUAUUUCUUCUUGUUCAAGUUGUGCUUCUAUUGGACUUCGUCCAUGGAUGGAACGACAAGUGGGUUGGAUAUGACGAGCAAUUCUGGUAUGUUGCCUUGCUUGUUGUUUCUCUCGUGUGUUAUGUGGCAACCUUUACUAUUAGUGGAGUUCUUUUUCACUUCUUUACUCCGUCCGGGCAUGACUGCGGGCUAAACACUUUCUUUAUAGUGAUGACUCUUAUUUUCGUCUUUAUCUUCGCUAUUGUCACCCUGCAUCCUUCAGUGAAAGGAAGCAUUUUCCCAGCAUCAGUUCUAUCUCUGUACUGCACAUACCUUUGCUACAGUGCGCUUGCAAGUGAACCUAGGGAUUAUGAAUGCAAUGGCUUUCAUAAGCACUCAAAAGCUGUUUCCACUGGCACACUAACUCUUGGGCUACUAACAACAGUUUUAUCAGUAGUUUAUUCUGCAGUUCGUGCUGGAUCAUCUACCACUUUACUUUCCCCACCUAGCUCACCACGUGCUGGUAAACCUUUAUUGCCGUUAGACAAAGCUGAUGAGGAUGACGAGAGUAAGAAGUCAAAGCCGGUCACGUAUUCAUAUUCCUUCUUCCACAUCAUCUUCUCUCUUGCUAGCAUGUAUUCUGCAAUGCUACUCACAGGAUGGUCAACAUCCGUUGGGGAGAGUGGGAAAUUGGUCGAUGUUGGAUGGGCAUCGGUUUGGGUUAGAGUGACAACUUGCUGGGUGACUGCUGCUUUAUUCAUUUGGUCUAUGCUUGCUCCGAUUCUCUUCCCAGAUCGCGAGUUCUAAGGAUGCACAGUUGCACACUAUCCCAUAUCUCCAUGAACAUUAUUAUAACGACUGCAUAGUAUGUAAAUGUUGUGUGCCGUGACACUCCUAAUGCUUGUGUAAUGUUUUCAUGACAAUAUGCAUGGUCGUUGUGAAAGUCAACAAUUGUUUCUGAUGUCUGAAUGCAUGAAUUCAACACUAUUUAGAAAAUGUUUUAUGCUUUUCAGUGUGGACACUUCAGAUAAAGAGCGCACAUAUAUGUGCGUACCCAAAGAUCUAGCCGGGGACUUUCAACUCUCAAGUUCAAUUUAAAUUUGUUUUCGGUGAAAGUAAAUAGAAAAAUGAGUACCUUACCUAACCUGGUUUUAA